UCUGUCAAGAAAACCCUAAAUGGAGUCACAAAGAGUGGGAUAUAAUUUUAAAAACCCAACAAGUAGCUAUUAAAACUGAGAUCACUGUAUUGUCAGUUAAGGGUCCAGUUAGACAUAUUAGAUAAUUUCCCACUUGACAACAAAAACCUGUCUAGUUUGGCCCCACGUUGACUGAUAAGAGCAGCCUAAUCCCUUGAAUUUUCCCCACCUAUCCCCUCACCCCACUUUUACCCCCCUCUGAAUCAAGAGGAAAAAAGAGCUGCUCGUUGUCUUGUGCAGUACAGAUAGGCUAUUACCUAACUAUCUAUCAGAAAACAUUACGAGGCAGAACUCCGAGGAUUUAAUGAGCAUCCUUUCCCCACUCUUCUGAAAAGCCCUUGGUUUAGCCUCUGUAACCAAGUCAGAAACUGGACCGGGCCUAUCAGCUUCCCGGAGCUAUUCCCAGAGGUUACCUAUUGGCUGCCAGACAAAUCCCACCCAUCUCCCUUUUAAUUGGCCACUAGUCAACAUAUAAAAGGGAGCCUGUUGCUGAGCAAAAAGAAAAAGAAAAAAAGCAAGAGGAAGUGUUUAAGGUAGUGUUCUUGAUCAGAGCAGUUCUACCUGAUACCUCAUCCGCCAAGCCCAAGAAGAAGGUGUGACCAAGGCGUUCUGAAGACUUCUGGAGAUGCUUGCAAUGGAGCAGAAGAUAGUCCCUACUCGGAGGCUCCCCCGAGGCCCUAGUGCCUUCAUCCCUGCGGAAGAGAUCCUGCAGCAGGGACCAGUGGCCAUUGAGCAUCAGUUGGGUCUGGAGAUUUUAGCCUCAGGACGGCCGGACAAUGUCACACUGGUGAUGGGCCUGCACCCUGAGUACCUUAACAGCUUCUGGAAGAUGCAGAGCCUGCUGUUGCGAGUGGAUGGACCCCUGCCCUGCUCCUGGAGGCACUACAUUGCCAUCAUGGCCUCUGCCAGACAUCAGUGCUCCUACCUGAUCAGCUUCCACAUGGCUGAGUUCCUGCAAGUGGGUGGAGACCCUGAGUGGUUCCUAGGCAUUCACCGAGUCCCCCAGAAACUCCGAAACCUCAAUGAGAUCAACAAGCUGCUGGCCCAUCGGCCCUGGCUCGUCACCAAGGAGCACAUUGAGGCGCUUCUGACCACUGGCGAACAUAGCUGGUCCCUGGCCGAGCUCAUCCAGGCAGUAGUCUUGCUCACCCAUUAUCACUCCCUGGCAUCUUUUGUUUUUGGCUGUGGCAUCCUCCCCGAUGGGGAUCCAGAGAGCAACCCUGGCCUCCAGGUGCCCUCACCGCCCAGUGGGCAGAGCAGUCCUCCCAACGGAGACCCCCUUGGCAAUUCUGGGGGUUUUGAUGCUGUUCGGGAAGUAGAGGCCUUGAUGGAGCGAAUGAAAAUUCUGCAGGAAUGCCAGCUAGAAGAGGAGGCAGCUUCUCAAGAGGAAAUGGAGAGCCGGUUUGAGCUGGAGAAGUCUGAGAGCCUUCUGGUGGCCCCUACAAGUGACAUUCUAGAACUUACUCCAUCCCCUGAUGUCCUGUGCUUUGUGGAAGAUCCCACUUUUGGGUAUGAGGACUUCACCCGGCGAGGCACCCAAGCCCCUCCAACCUUCCGUGCUCAGGACUACACCUGGGAAGACCACGGCUACUCCUUGAUCCAGCGGCUCUACCCAGAGGGGGGGCAGCUGCUGGAUGAGAAGUUUCAGGUGGUGUACAACCUGACCUACAACACCAUCGCCAUGCACAGCGGCGUGGACACCUCGAUGCUCCGCAGGGCCAUCUGGAACUACAUCCAUUGUGUCUUUGGCAUUAGGUAUGAUGACUAUGAUUACGGGGAGGUGAACCAGCUCUUGGAGAGGAGUCUCAAGAUCUACAUCAAAACUGUAGCCUGCUAUCCAGAGAAGACAACCAAGAGGAUGUACAAUCAUUUCUGGAGGCAUUUCCGGCAUUCUGAGAAGGAUCCUCUCUGCACCCCUCCUUCCCUCCUCCAGGUCCAUGUGAAUCUGCUGCUGCUGGAGGCUCGGAUGCAAGCAGCCCUCCUCUACGCCCUGCGAGCCAUUACUCGCUACAUGACCUGAUGGUGGGCACCAUGGUCCCUUGCCUCCAGACUGGACACUACUUUGGCUGGGGGGCCAGCUUCCUUUCUAAUCUAUAAACUGUUGGUCUCUGCCCAUAUCACAUUCCCUCUGAUUUUGUCUGUGAAACCUUGGAAAUCAAGUGCCUCUGGGCCCCCCACCCUUUUCCAUCCUUUCCCCACCCUCUCCAGUGGAACCAAAAGGACUUGUCUGCUCCGGACCCCAAUCCCGCCCUUCUGGGAGCUGAAGAGGUAGGCAGGAAAUAUCCAGGCCAUUCUCUCAUCCUUGCUUCUUCAAGGAAGACUGUUCUAAGUCCCAGCUUCUGAAAAGAAAGACUGUUUGCACCUUGUAUGUUCUCUCCGGCCCCUCACCUGAAGAUGUGUACUGGAUUCAACGGACUAGAACUGGAUGAAGAGGAAACAGCCUGGGAUAGCACCUGCACAAAACGGGCUGACACUCCAUGGGAUUUGGGGAGCCCCUGGGAUACUUCCAAGGCCCCUGCCCCCCAAACCUAUUCUUCUAGCCCUGUUAGACUAAGGAGCCUGGGUAGUCAGAGGAAUUAUCUGUGGCUCCCUGAUCUGUUUUCAUGAUUCCUUUCCCAGCCUUGUUUCCCUUCUCUCACUGCUGGCAGUGGGGAUCCCCAGAAGAAAUCAAGGCAGGAGGGGGAUGGGAAGAAGGCUGGUACAGAACUUUGCUUUUUUGAGAGAAGAGAGGAAGUGGAUGGUCUUUCUUUCUGCAUGGGCCUGGGAUGUGAAGAAAAGCUCCUUUAGGACCGGUUUCAUCCCUCCCUACUUGACUUGUGACUAAGGAAAUUGGACUUGUCAUGGGGUGAAUUCUGUCCAGAGUUACCAGUUCUGCCAAAACUAGCACCUUGACCCACCUCCUUCACUCCUUCUGUUUACUAAAAUUUGGGUUUAGGGAAUGAAGUUGACAAGUAAGUGACACAGUAAGUGUUACAUUGAGAGGGUCAGGAGAUUUCCCCAAAGUUCCCUGGCCUCACUUUGCCUCUGGCUGAUUGUGAGACUUUAGACUUCAGCUUCUUCAUCUAUAAAAUGGAAAAGCUUCUGGUUCCAGAAUUUAUAAUUGCCCGAAAAAGCUUCCAAAUAAGGGCAAACCCAGAAGUCCUUAGGACCCUGAAUGUUCCCUUCCUUUGCCAAAAAGGAGAAUCUCUCUCUCCUUGGACUCUUAUCCCCACUUCACACCCAUUUGCCCCUGGGUCCAGAAGGGCCGGAGCCAUUUUACAUUGCACUUUCUCUAUUAUCAAAACUGUGAAUUCUGUUUGCCAUUUUUUCCCAGUCCUCCUGCUCUGUCUCUUACUCUUGGACACUUGGGAGGUAUUAUGAGUUGCCAUCCUUCCUAAAUAAAGCUGCUGUUCCUGCUCUACUCCCUCGGUGUUCCGCUCCCAACCCCCACCCAUGCUGAGGGUCUAGCUAGGGGGACGGAGAUGAGCUGGUGGGGAGUUGUUGACCAGAUGCGCUGUUCAUCAUGCAGGUCAUGGUGACAUAAAUGGCUGGUAUGUUGAGGCUAGGCUGUGGACCACUUGGCCCUGAGCCAAAACCCCAAAGAUGUGUACUGUCCCUAUGAAUUUCACAAAGGAAAAAAGCUGGGGAGGAAAACAGUGUUUCAAUGCAGAAAUGUUUGUUACUUUGCUACAUACUCCAUAUUGACAAAUAAAAGAUUCAUUGAGGUUGUUUUU